AUGCUUUCACGUGAUGGCGAGAGUCUAAUGAAACUUGGCGACUUUACGUUUACGAGAGAAAUGUGCACCGGCGACAGGAGUUGUUGGUAUUGCUACACGCACAACAACCACGGCUGUCCAGCUAGAGUGUACACUGAUCGAGACAAGCUAGUAUUUGCGAAGAAUUUUCACAACCAUCCACCCACAGAGUUCUUCGUUUGA